AUGCACCGUCUCGGUCUCCUUGACAUCGGCUCUUCUGCCGUCUCCUCCUCCGCCACCGCCGCCGUCGCCGUCGCCGCCGCCGCCGUCUGCGCGUCGACGCUUAGUUGGCGGCAAGGCCUGGUGUGUUUGACACACACAGACUGCCAGACGGGCCAGGCGGACUAUCUACCGCCCAGCGGUCUGGCGCUGCCUGAAGUGAUGCGCUGCACGCCUGUUGCCGUCAUGGCUGGUCGCCAGACGGCCGGAAAGUGCGACGGAGAGACAGGCAGACGCACAGGCAGUGUCUGGCGUCCGGCCGGCCCUGAUUGGCUGAUGCGGGCGAGUGUCCCGGCGUCGCGCCACUUCACGCAGAGGCGGCGAGGCGGCGCAGCGCCGCACGUGGGCUGCCCGGCCGUCCGUGCGGACGGCUGGACGGCUGGACGGCUGGACGGCUGGACGGGCGGACCAACAGCGCAGGGCCGGCCUCUUUUGACACCACCUCCUGCGAGUGGUGAUAAUGCGCCCGGCGAGUGGACAUGA